AAGCAAACAAAUUUUUUAGAAGAAGAAGCAUUAUAGCAUUGUUAUCCUGUAUUUGCUGAUAAUAUACAACAAAUAUGAGAAUUGCCAUAUAAUUAAUUCAUUUAAAAUCUAAAUAAAAGUAAAUCAGGACGCUAAAAAAUGCAUCGUUUUUUAUUUAUAGAAAGUAAGAUAAAUAUGCUAAAAAACUCUACAAACUGAAAGAGCUGAUGGAAACAAGGAUUACAAUUUCCAGCUCGACAACAAGAAAUGAAUCGGAUUUUUUACAUUUAACUUAUAAUACCAGAUUAUCAGUUGAAGAUGCCAUGAUAUCAGUUGACUCCCGCUGCUGUGGAAGAGUGUCUUGGGAUAAAAGUGCUCCGUUCAGUCAUAAAUCAAAGCCUUCUCUAUCUAAUAGUUGGAUGAACGCCAAUAAAAAAGACGUCGAGAAUGAAGUAAUGAAAGACAUCAAAAACAUUGCCAUGCCAAAGUGCCCCUUUCCCACCUCAGUCAAUCCUGAAAAUACCGAAGAUGGGGAAGCUGACUCUAAAAGCUUGAUUUUAGUAAGAUGCGAUUUCAAAAAGUCUGCAAAGGUCCAACCGUACUACCCUAAGCUGUAUCCUUACAACCGUUCAACUUCUUUAUUGAAAUACUUCAAGGAAGAACAGAGUGUACUGUUAUCAAAUAUGCCAGGUUCAACACGUAAAAACUUCAAAUCCGACAAAAGCGAUGUUGAAGAGAAUAAUGAAACUGAUCGACAAAGACAUAAAAGUGAGCCUCCCCGACCCGUUGCCAAUAACGCCCACGAUUCAACCCACGAGGGGCAAGAAAACGUGGAAAGUAAUGGAUAUGCUCCCCAGAGCCCCGAGAGCCGGAAAAAGGAACUUUGUAGAUACUUGAAAUUGAUGAAUCCUGCUGAUAAAAAAGAGGUUUUGAAGCUGGAAAAUCGUAGAUCGACUAGGGUGCGAAACCUGACGAUUAUGGAGGAGAAAAAACACAAGCCCCUCGAGAGGGAGUACGUUAGGGAAAAAUCUGUACCUCGUUCGACGUUGAAGUCAUUCAAACAACUUGAUGUAAUGGUGGAAAAGUGUGCAAGAAGUGAAGACUCAAGUAACGGGAAGUUAAGCUUCUGUGUUCCUUUUCCCCCUAAAAGUGUGUUUCAAGAAGUGAACGAUUUCGAUACGGUAAUGUCCACUUUAGUGCCUAAAUUUAAGAGGAUAUGUGAUAAGAAAAAUAUAAAGUACACCAAAUUCGAUAUGGACGAGAAUUUGAAAACUCCUGAAGUAACGAGAAAUAACCAAAUGAAAUGCCUAGAUGAAAGGAAAACUCCAAGCAGGCCUAUUCCAAAAAAGAACACCUCUGAAGAAGGAAAUGAUUCGAUGAAAAAAAAAAGUAGGUCUUUAUUUGUCUAAUUUCGUUAUUGCAUGAUUUUUAAUAUUGUU